GACGGCACACAAACAUUGCAGUCCGCUCCGCCCGCGCGUCAUCGAUUCCCAACAGACUCUCUCUCUUUCGCUCCGCCUUAACGCCCCCCGCAGUGCUACACCGCCUCCCAUUCCGACGCCCCAAGAGUGUGUGCAAGAUUUCUAGUUCAGGUUCUUAUUGCAUCUGUGUGUGUAAGCUGUGCCGUGCCUAUGUAUCUGUUACUGUUGUUGCUGCAUCUCGGUCUGCUCAAAAAUCACGAAUGCAACUGCAACGUUUUGAAAAUCAAAAGAAAACUGCCUGCUAAAUCGCAAUUUUGUUGUUCAGUGUUUUAAGUAUUAAGUGUGUUAAGUAUUUUAAUCAACAAACAAAACAAAAAUACAAAUAUAAAAAAUAACAACAACACAAAUGCAGAGCAACUGAAGCGCAAACACACACAAAAACAGUAGGGAUUGCGAAAGCGAGAUAGAAAUAGACUAGGCAUAAUUUAUAGCACACACAAAAAAAGAAGAAGCCUAAUUUAUAAGAGAAAAGUGUGUUACACGAAAUCGAUAAAUAACGGCAGUAAAGGAGCCGGAAAGGAGUAGGGAAACAUAUAUUUAGAAAGGAACUGUUUAUAAUAUAUACUAGACGAACGAACGCGCAACAACAACAUCAAUAAGCAGCUGUGAAUCAGUCCGUCCCGUUCCGCCGCGCUUCCAAUUCCUCCGCUUCCUUCCACUUCCAACGCCGGAUAUUCGGAUUUGGCAUUGACUUGGAUUCGUUUCUAAUUCGGACGCCGCUUCGACUUCUACAUCCACAUCAAAAUCCGCAAAUUCACGUUUUCCCACAACAUGAGCCCGCCCAUCGUCACGCGACGGAGCGCGCAGCAGGCGAAGAUGCAAACGCGGGCAAUGGCCAGUAAAUCUAAAGCGGGAACAACGGCGGCGACGGCGGCGGGAGUAAUCGGCGGUAGCUCUGCCGGCACCGGCAGCGGCGGUAUCAGCAGCGGUAUGAAUGCCUCCGAUCAGCGAAAGACGAUCAAACCGAAUGCAGCACUCUUGGAGGUGAAACGUCGAGCACGGAAUAUGCUCAAGAACCAGAGUAACGUCAUGCAGGAGUCCGUCACGGAUAUCUUUCAGAAUGCUGUCAAUUGCAAGGGCCUGGUACGGAAACCCACUGCUCUGAUCUACGAUGAAUCCAUGAGCCAGCACUGCUGUCUGUGGGACAAGGAGCACUACGAGUGCCCAGAGCGAUUUACUCGGGUCCUGGAGCGCUGCCGCGAGCUAAAUCUGGCAGAACGCUGCCUGGAGCUGCCAUCGAGAUCGGCCACCAAGGAUGAGAUUCUGCGACUGCAUUCUGAGGAACACUUCGAACGCCUGAAGCAGACCUCCGGGAUUCGCGAUGACGAGCGUAUGGAGGAGCUAAGCUCCCGCUACGAUUCAAUUUACAUUCAUCCGUCCACUUUCGAGCUUUCCUUGCUGGCCACCGGCUCCACCAUCGAAUUGGUGGACCAACUAAUCGCUGGUAAGGCACAGAAUGGCAUGGCCAUUAUCCGACCACCGGGUCAUCAUGCCAUGAAGGCCGAGUUCAAUGGUUAUUGUUUCUUUAACAACGUGGCAUUGGCCGCCCAGCAUGCCCUCGAUGUCCACAAGCUACAGCGCAUCCUGAUCAUUGACUACGAUGUCCAUCAUGGCCAGGGAACGCAGAGGUUCUUCUAUAAUGAUCCCAGGGUGGUUUACUUCUCCAUCCAUCGAUUCGAGCACGGCACCUUCUGGCCACAUCUUCAUGAGUCAGAUUACAAUGCUAUUGGAUCGGAAAAGGGCACGGGAUAUAACUUCAAUGUGCCCCUAAAUGCCACAGGGAUGACGAACGGCGAUUAUUUGGCCAUUUUCCAGCAAUUACUAUUGCCGGUGGCCCUUGAGUUUCAGCCGGAAUUGAUUAUCGUAUCGGCUGGCUAUGAUGCAGCCUUGGGAUGUCCAGAGGGCGAAAUGGAGGUAACACCGGCCUGCUAUCCGCAUUUGUUGAAUCCUCUGUUGCGACUGGCCGAUUCACGGGUGGCUGUCGUUCUGGAGGGUGGCUACUGUUUGGAUUCCCUGGCCGAAGGUGCAGCUCUGACUCUACGCUCCCUUCUCGGUGAUCCCUGUCCCAAGCUGGUGGAAAAACUGCCUCUACCACGUGCUGAACUCACCCAAGCCCUGCUCAGCUGCAUUGCUGUGCAUCGGCCUUAUUGGCGGUGUCUGCAUCUCCAGAAAACUUACGAUGCUGUUGAGUUACAGGACCAGGAGAAGGAACAAGAUCUGCAUAAAGUGCUGCGUAUUUGGAUUGGUGGACCACCGCCAGUAGAUCGUUACCCAACAAGAGAUACGGCCAUUCCACUGCCACCGGAAAAGGUGGCCACAAACACGAUCCGUCUGCACUCGCUGCGUAUGGAAACCAAGCUAUCGACGCCACCGGUCAGGGUUUGCUAUGCCUAUGAUGCUCAGAUGCUGCUGCACUGCAAUCUUAACGAUCCAGGACAUCCGGAGCAGCCGUUGCGAAUUCAACAUAUCCAUAAGAUGCACGACGAGUACGCCUUGCUGCCGAGGAUGAAGCAACUGUCCGCCAGAGCGGCCACCACGGAUGAAGUAUGCUUGGCCCAUACUCGCGCACAUGUGAAUUCAGUUCGUCGAUUACUGGGCCGAGAUCCAGAGGAUUUACAUCAGGUGGCGACUGGCUACAAUUCUGUGUACCUACAUCCGCGCACAUUCGAUUGUGCCACCUUGGCAGCGGGUUCCGUGCUGCAGGCGGUGGAAAGUGUUCUGCGUGGAGAAUCCCGCAGUGGCAUUUGCAAUGUCCGUCCGCCGGGUCACCAUGCUGAGCAGGAUCAACCGCACGGAUUCUGCAUAUUCAACAAUGUGGCCAUCGCAGCUCAAUAUGCAAUUCGGGAUUUCGAUUUGGAGCGAGUCCUAAUCGUCGAUUGGGAUGUUCAUCAUGGUAAUGGGACGCAGCACAUCUUUGAAUCAAAUCCCAAGGUUUUGUACAUCAGUUUGCAUCGCUAUGAGCAUGGCACAUUCUUCCCUAAGGGACCAGACGGCAAUUUCGAUGUGGUGGGCAAGGGAGCCGGCAGGGGCUUCAAUGUGAAUAUUCCCUGGAAUAAGAAAGGAAUGGGCGAUCUGGAGUAUGCUCUGGCCUUCCAGCAGUUGAUCAUGCCCAUUGCCUACGAGUUCAAUCCCCAGCUGGUCUUGGUAUCAGCCGGAUUUGAUGCAGCCAUUGGAGAUCCACUGGGUGGCUGCAAAGUAACACCCGAGGGCUACGGCAUGUUUACACACUGGCUAUCGGCACUAGCCGGCGGUAAGAUUGUCGUCUGCCUGGAGGGUGGCUAUAAUGUAAACUCCAUAUCGUAUGCAAUGACAAUGUGCACCAAGACGUUGCUGGGUGAUCCAGUGCCGACGCCUCAGUUGGGAGCCACAGCCCUACAGAAACCACCAACGGUGGCCUAUCAAAGCUGUGUGGAAUCUUUGCAAUCGUGCCUGGAAAUUCAACGCAACCACUGGCGAUGCCUGGAGUUUGUUGGCCGGCGAUUGCCAAGCGAACCCAUUGUGGGGGAGAAUAACAACGAGGAUUUUCUUACCGCUUCCUUGCGACAGUUGAAUAUUUCAAAUGACGAUGCACCGGGGGCGGCUGGAGGAAACGACGGCGAUCGGCCCGAUUGCGGCGAUGAGCGGCCUAGCGGCAGCAAGCCAAAAGUCAAGGUAAAAACGCUCACCGAGUAUUUGGCGGAGAACAAGGAGGCCCUUGAGCAGAAUGAGAUGUUUGCUGUGUAUCCGCUCAAGACGUGCCCGCACUUGACUCUUUUGCGACCGGAGGAGGCGCCGCAAUCAAUAAACAGUGGAGCGGCGUGCAGUAUUUGCGGAUCAACGGGUGAGAACUGGGUGUGUCUGUGCUGCAGGAUUGUGGGCUGCGGUCGCUAUAUGAACCAGCAUAUGGAACAGCAUUCGUUGGAGAUGGGGCAUCCACUUGUGAUGAGCAUGGCUGAUCUGUCCGUGUGGUGUUAUGUUUGCUCCUCGUACGUCGACCAUCCGCGCCUGUAUGCGUAUCUCAAUCCGCUGCAUAUGGACAAGUUUAAGGAGCCAAUGGCCUGGACACAUGCUUGUUCGAAGCGCGAGGAUGGCUGCUAUGCAUUGGGGCCCAAUGGUCAAGAUGAGGAUGACAACGCCGGAAGUAGCAUCUGUUUUCAGCUGGAGCGAAACAACUGACCCUUGGCCAUACGCGUGCUGGACGCCCUUACGGACUACUUGUGCACGCUCUGCCCGCCGCUCAGACACCUGAUUCAGUUCCUGGCCGAGCAUCUAUGGCCGCUACUGGAACGCAUUUACCUUAAUCUAUUGCACUACUUCCUGGCCCACUAAGGCUCCAGCCCAGAUCCUCAAAAAACUGUAACCUACAUCCCGCAUCCCAUUUGUCUUUUAUAUCUAUAAAUAGAAAACAAAAUCAUAAAAAACAUGAAAUUAUUGUUAAUAAGGGAGCUGCCCGGCAAUCAUCUACUGGUGAUCCUAAUCCUGGCACUCGGCUCUCGCAGAUUUAUACAAAUUAAAAUUGUUAAUGUUAUCAACUAAUGAUCUAAUAAAGACUUCGAGUGUUUUUUUCGAUGA